AUGGAAGGAAUCCAGAUUAUAACACAGGAUUAUGUGAAUGUUCACAUAACCAAGUCUGAUAGUGAAGAUGCGGCGCCAGUUGAAAGACGUUUCAAGAAAGACAUUACUGUUUCAGAGUUUAAGACAAAAUUGGAGCUAGUGACUGGAGGUUCAGCUACAACUAUGAAGUUAAAGUUGUUUGACAAUAAAAACAACUUUGUUUGUGACAUUGCUAAUGAUAAUGCCCUACUUGGUUCAUACCCAAUCGAUGAUGGCAUGAGAAUACAUGUUAUUGACAACUUCAUCCUUGUCAAAGAUUUCACUGGCAGUGAUAGUGCUGAAAGGUUUCGUCUUUCUGAAGAAGAAUAUGAAAAGAAGGGGGAUACACUGCGGUCAUUUCUACAACGCAAUAAAUUAGGCAAAUACAAUGAAGAAGAGAUGAACAAAUUGAAAGAGCAACAGCAGAAGGAACUUGAAGAGGAGGCUAAGCUGGCCGCGAGCGUGGUGGUGGGGGCGCGGUGCGAGGUGCGCGCGCCGCAGCAGCCGCGCCGCCGCGCCACGGUGCGCUACAACGGCCCGCUGGACGGCGCGCGCGGAGUUUGGAUCGGCGUGCAGUACGACGAACCGCUGGGCAAGAACGAUGGACAGGUGAAUGGCAAACGAUACUUCACAUGUCCCCCCAAAUACGGCGGGUUUGUGAAACCAGCCUAUGUGACAGUGGGUGACUUCCCGGAAGAACAGUUUGAUUUGGAGGACGAAAUUUGA